AACCACCUCUUUUAAAUAGCGCGGCUAAGGUAUUUUUGGCAUAUAUUGAUAAACGCACUCAAAUGAAAUUCAAGACGUCAAAUGUUUUUCAUACAGAAUUGAAAAAUUAAUUUACUGUUAGGUUCACUAGGUGGAACUUGAGUAUGUUUUGCUGUGUCAUAAAUUAGGUCAGUUACACGUUCGGCGUGUCGAGUUCGAGGAUAAGGAUGGCUAGACAUAUGUCUCAUGGGAUUUUUGUUGUUCUCGAAGGAGCAGAUCGUGUGGGAAAAACAACACAAGCAUUACUUCUAGCUAAAGCUUUGUCGGAAAUCACACAUAAAGAGACUCUGUCUGUCAAAUUCCCGGAUCGUGAUACUCCUCUGGGACGUCAACUAGAUUCGUAUUUAAGUGGGAAUGGUGAUAUUAAUAAACAUGCAUUACACUUAUUGUUCACUGCAAAUAGAUGGGAAAGGCAGUCUGAAAUCCGGAAGGCCAUUUCUAAUGGAAUACCUGUUGUAGCAGACAGAUAUAUAUAUUCUGGGAUCGCUUAUACAGCUGCUAAAUCUCCACCGACUCCAAACUGGGAAUGGUGUUGGGAAAUGGAAAAAGGUCUUGUAGAACCUGACUUAGUGAUAUGUUUAACACCAGGAAAUCUAGACGAAUUAAGUUCUAGGAAUGGUUAUGGAAAUGAGCGGUAUGAGAAUGAUGAUUUUCAAAAGCGUGUUCUGGAGAAUUAUGUCCGGAUUUCCAAAGAUGUUGAAUUAGAUAAUAAAGAUAAUAAUGAUGAAAAUGAUUCAGUUGGACUUUGGCAUUUCAUUCAAGCAACAGAUAAAACUAUCGAAGAAGUGCAUAAAUGUAUUAUGGUACUCGUUAAAUCUAAAUUGGAAUCGAUUAUUGGUCCAGAAAUCCAUGAAUGUACAAAUAAAAAAGAUUAAUAAAUUCCAUUAUUAUGAAUUGAAAAUUGCAUUUGUUAUUGCUUAUUUAUGGUAUCACUGUUUUUCAUAGAAAAGGCUUUUCAAGUUGUGUUCACAUUGAUCAAUACAAUUGUGUAAAUCAACCCAGUCCAUUCUUUUGCUAUAGUAAUAGUCAUUCGUUAGCACAAUUGUAACAAGAUCAUAAGCAGUUUUGUCAUGUAAAUUUCAUUCCCUGGGACGUGAUGGAUUAAAUACACUCUAAACAUCAGCUGCGAAUUACUUUAGGUUUUGUAACCUAAGGUUAUAAUAUAAGUGUAGCCACACUAUGUGUGAAAGAGAACUAUGGUAUAGGUUCGUAAUUAAUUAAUAAUGAGUAGUAAGAUGUCCAUGAGUUCUAGCGCUAUAUUUCCGAGAUGGUAUUGUGAAUAAAGAAUGUAUGUGAACAUGACAAAUGUAUGAUGAUACUUGAAUGUCAAAUACAGUCUACAAAUAUCCCAUCUGAAUGAACUAUUUGUUUUGUACAUUAGGUGGUUUGGAAUACAUUUUGCAAAACUCUUCCCUAAUAAUCGAAUUUACUAAUGAUAUGGAUUAAACAUUUCAGAUACAGAGGAGCUGUUAGGAAAACCCGAUGAACUGUCAAGAAUAUCAGAACAUAGAAAACCCACUUGAAAUGUUUACGAGGUUGAGUUCCCGUUUAUCGAAAUGGAGAUUAAUUACAUAUCUAAUGUUCCAUGGAAAUCGACUAAAAAUAAGCAUGUAUCAAAAUUUGUAAACAAAAAUGUGACAGUUUGUUCCAGUGAAUUUUCCCUCAAAUGUGCACAAUCGCAAAUAUUUAGUUUCCCAAAUAAUCAUCAGUUGUCUUUGGGAGCCCUUCGUUUAACCAACAUUUAUUUUUGUCUUAGCGGACACAUUCCUUUUAAGUUGAAUUAAAAGCAUGAAGUACAAACCUCGUGAGAUGAUUAAUUCUUUAAAUGAUAAAGAUGAGACGUACAGACAUAGACUUCAAGAGUAACAUGCUCGCAAGAAUCUUAAACCUAUAAAUAGCUCACUUUAAAUCAACUGAGGUCACACUUAGGUAGUUCUGAAAACGAGGCUGACCCAGAUGUUGCUUGCAAAGAUAUACAAACAGCUGUGGAAACAGCAACGACAUCUACUUGUGAUUUGAACCAAAGAGUGACUAAGAACCAGAUGACUUCUGCUAAGUCUGUUGCACUGAUAGAUUCGCGUAAACACAUCCCAUCAGGCUCCGUGAGCAGUGGUAGGCAACGAAAGCUAAAGAGGUGGAAAAAGAAGCGACUGUAGGUAACACGAGACAGCUCUACAGACUUACAAGAGAAACUGGAAUUAAUAAGUGAAGUGUAAGUGAGAUGAUCUCGUAAAAAGAUGACACAAUUCUCUGCUCUCAUUCCAGACGUUUAGAACGAUGAGCAAAACAAUUUAAGGAGCAGUUCAACUGGCCUUCAGCUACUCUACAACAACUCACCAUUCCCAGAUAGCCUGAAUGAAUCAUUUAAGUAGGUCUCCCCGACCCUAUAUGCAGUUCGGAAAUCCAUAUUUAAUCUAGAACGAGGAAGAGCAGUUGGUCAAGAUGGAUUCAUUCCGGAGGUCUUUAAGGUUAGUGGUCUAGUUUCAGCGAUUACAUCGACUAAUAUUUUGGCUAAAAUCUGCAAACUGGAUGUUAUCCCAUCUGACUGGUCGCAGUUAUUGAUUGUCACAAUAUAUAAGAAAUAAUCCAAAUCAUUCUGUGAUAACCAUAGACAACGGGUUAGUUUGGCUAACAUAACAUCUAAAAUACUAGCCUCAAUAAUUAUCGGGCGCCUGCCUAACUAAGAUUCGUGAACUGCAAACACGAGAAAAUCAGGAUAACUUCAGACCUGACCGUGACUGUAUCGACCACAUAUUCGCGAACUGUCAUUUGAUUUUGUGACCUCAUGUGGUGUCCGACAAGGCUGUCCACCAUCUCCAUUUUUGUUUAACUUCAUCAUGGACCUACUGAUGGAAAUAACGUUUUUGUCGACUGAAUUUUCGGGCGUUGAUCUCCUUCCAGGAGGUUCACUUAUCGACUUAGAAUACACAGAUGACAGUCUCGUUUGGUGAAGACGCUGAUAAAAUUCAGAGUCUUUUGAUAGGACUGAGAAACAAUGCCAGAAUUUUUGAGAUGUGUUUUCAUCCCUAUAUCCGCAAGUUGUUGCUUCAGGACUGGCCUCCUUUAACACCUGAACUAAGGAUAGGGAGUAAUGUAAUCAAACGCUUUGACAACGCUUAUCUUGGAAGUCUGAUCAGUUCGAAUGAGUUGGUGUUUGACGAAAUCUCUG